CCUAAUUUCGGUAAUAUAUAAGCGCACCGCGCUAUACCUACAUACAUGGUUUUAUUAUACAAAAACAGAAGAAUAAAGAAUACAAAGAAUACAUACAUCUCAAUUGAAGGACGCGAUUUGGCUAUAAUGCAAAACCUCGGCAAGGUCACCCCGGCAUCAUCCUGGCUAACGAUUUAUCAGGAAGUACCGGGCCGGGUGGCGGAGUUGGUUCCGUCGGUGGCACAUCCGUCGGUAGUGGAUCAUCAUUAUCAACAACUGCAUUGAGUUUGGAUCAUCAGCAAUUCAAUAUUUUUCCUGCAAUAUUUAGUAGGCAACUUAAUUUUUCAGCAGCGGCCGCUGCAAAUUGUGGACAAAAUAAACUUAUGGACGAAUUAAGACCAAAUCUUGGUCUCUUGGGCGUUGGUCUUGUUGAUAAUGAUACAUUUCAUUUGAAUCACAAUCAAGAGAAGAGAAAGUGUAGCAGUACCAGUUCGAAUGAACAGGAUUUUGGUCUCUAUGGGGUUCAUCAGGGACUUGAGGCGAGUCCACCGACGCCCGCCGCAACGCCCGGUAGAAAUAGCGUUGGAUCGGCCAGCACUGUUGGAAUCGAAGGAGCCUUCAAAAAAUUAAAACCGGAACCCUGCGCCUCAAGCCCACACAUUGGUCACACACCAACCACCGCAAGUUGUCCGACCCCCGCUCGACGGCGGCAUAGAACCACUUUUACCCAGGAGCAGCUAGCGGAAUUGGAAUCGGCGUUUGCGAAAUCCCAUUACCCGGAUAUAUACUGCAGAGAGGAAUUAGCGAGGAGCACGAAAUUGAACGAAGCCAGAAUUCAAGUAUGGUUUCAAAAUAGGAGAGCGAAGUACAGAAAACAGGAAAAACAACUGCAAAAAGCUCUUGCACCAAUUCCUGCCUGUCAGGGAGCUAUGAUGAGGAACAUUUACCCCGGUGCUGGCAGAGGUUAUCAACCCUAUCCCCACCCACACAACAGUAUAAACGGAAUAAAUCGUUACCCCCAGAUGGGAACGACAUCAUAUCCAAGCAUGACUCAACCCUUCUCGAUGUCGCAUUCCGCAUCGAAUAUGUCCGCAGUUACUGGCAUGCGGCAAGAUGCAAUGGGAAUGUCUGCCGAGGACGAAUGGUACAAUAAAAGUAUCUCAGCCCUAAGAAUGAAUACAGCACAUCAUCCAAAUCUUGCAGCACCAAUGCUGCAAUAUCAAACAUAAUUUUAGGCGACGAAGGGCGCGAAGAGUUCUCCAAUGAAGGAUGAAGAAGGACCUUCGUUUCUUUCGUUCGGUACUACAAAACUGCUGACCACCAUGUCGAGUCAGUGGUUCGAUCAGCAAACUGAUCGCAUUCGAAAUUCGACAUGAAACAUUAACGAAGUCCUAAAAGAAUUUCGCCCCAGUCAAAAAAAAAAAAAAAACAAACAAACAAACAAAAACAAGAAUAUUGUCAAUAGACAAAAAAAGAGAAAUGAAAUAAUAUAUGUCAAAGUAAAAAAAAAGAAUGAGUUACUUCACUGGCUUGAAAAUAUAUUGAAGGAACUUGUUCGUUUGCACGUAAAAGAAAGUGCUAAUAUUAUUAAAAAAAAAAAAUAAAAUAAAAGUCUUUGUGAAAAAAUUAAUAUUGAUUAUGUCGAAGAAAAAAGAUUUUAUUACGAAGAUUUUGCAAAUCUUUUAAUAUCUUAUAAAAAAAAACAGUAAAUUUAUUUACAAAUAUAAUAUUCGACAGAAUCAAUAUUAUUAUUUCUUGUACAAAGGAAGUCUACGCGUUUCGCGCUAGUCAAAAAUCUAGUCCCAAUGAUAAUUUUUUAGUGUUUUAUCGUCACACGAGUCUACGUCAUUGAGAUCGCCUAUUUUUAUUAUAAAUAACGUUCGUUAUAUCGCUCAUAUCAGAGUAAGAGCAUUAUAUUAUAUUAUAUUUAAGUAGACGCGUCUACAUGUCCAAGAAAGUUUACAGUAAUAAUUAUAAUAUUAUUGUGACCAGUGAAAGACACACAAAACGUGAAGAAAAAAAAAUAAUGAAAAUUGAAUGGAUUUUCAAAUUUUUAGCCGAAUGUGAAUAAUGCGGUUAAAUCACAAAAUAAAAGUCUUAUGCUAUUUAUAUGAGUGGGCGGUGGGAGAUUAUACAAAUUUUCUUUUUCUUUCUUUAUGAAUUGAGACAAAAAUUUGGAAAUUAUUUUAAGGUAGUUUAUGUGCGAGUAUAGUUUCCGCUAAAAGUUAACGCUGAUAAUCCACAAGAUUUUAAUAAAAUAGUAUUUUAUUUUUUUUCAUAAAAAAAUUAAGAUUAAAAAUUAUUAAAAUUAUUAAUUCAAUACUUUUUAAUUAUUAUUUUAGUUUUCAAGUAAAUAAUUUAUUUUGUUGUAUACUCAAUAAAUGAUUAUAGAAAUUUUUCGCUUUUGUUAAUUAGAAAUAAAUAUUUUGCUCUUUAAUUUUAGUUUUCAAGUAUUUUACAAAUUAAGAAAAACGUCGAAAUUUUCAAAUAUCACGAUAUUGUAAUAAAGUUUAAAAUUAUUUUGUAAAGCUUAAAAAUUUCCC